CCGACAUUCCUUACCUCUGGUGAAAAGUCUCCACUGCAGCCUGGAGAUUGUCCACGUUUACAGCAGUCAGACACGGCUGCACCGCUCCACAUCUGCAGCCUGGGCCCUCCUGCGCACACAGAGCUCCGCGCGCUAAACUUAGCCAAUGUGUGGCUAUUAUUAUUUUUAUUGUUUGCCCGGUUCUGUAAAGAUGUUUUCCUGCUGCGUUGUCUUUUUCCUCCUCACUGCGUGGUCUCGUGUGGAUUGCAAUCCCAGUCCUGAUGUAGUCGUGGACAGAUACUUCAUCCCGAAAGUCUGUGCAAGAGAAGCGAAAGAGGGAGAUUAUGUUCGCUACCACUACAACGCCACAUUUGUCGACGGGAAAACAUUUGAUUCGAGCCAUCAGAGAGGAGACGCUAAAGUGGGCCUGCUUGGGGAGGGCCGGCUCAUCCUGGGCAUUGAAAAAGGUCUGCAGGGCAUGUGUGUGAAUGAGCGCAGAAAAAUCACCAUCCCACCUCACCUGGCCUAUGGAAGCACCGGUGCAGGUGACGUGGUUCCUCCAGACACCACCCUGGUGUUUGACAUCCAUCUGCUGGAUCUGUGGAACAAAGCCGACAUGGUUGCCACCAAAACCAUCACCACUCCCAAAGACUGCAAACGCUCCGUGAUGCGCAGUGACUUUGUGCGCUACCAUUUCAACGGCACUCUGCUCGAUGGCACCGUCUUUGACUCCAGUUACACCAGGAAGCAGACCCACAACAGCUUAGUGGGUGAGGGUUGGCUGAUUAAGGGCCUGGAUGAAGGCCUGCUGGGGAUGUGUGUGGGGGAGAUCAGAAAUAUUGUCAUCCCACCCUUCAAAGCCUACGGAGAAAAAGGAUCAGGUAAAGAGAUUCCCCCCCAGGCGACACUGAUGUUUGACAUCCUGUUGGUGGACAUUCAUAACCCAAAGGAUAACAUCACCAUUGAGGAGCUGGUGGUGCCCGAGUCGUGCAAGCGCAAGUCGGUGGUUGGGGAUUACAUCCGGUACCACUACAACGGUACCUUCCUGAAUGGAGUCACCUUUGACACCAGCUACAAGAGGAACAGCACAUACAACACCUACAUCGGGAUGGGGUAUGUGAUUGCAGGCAUGGACUAUGGACUGCUGGGAGUCUGCACUGGAGAGAAACGGCGAGUCAUCAUCCCUCCACACCUGGCAUAUGGAGAGCAAGGAGCAGGUGAUGUCAUCCCCCCCUCUGCCGUGCUGGUGUUUGACGUUCACGUCAUCGACUUCCACAACCCCAGCGACUCUGUGGACAUCCAAAUCAUCCACAGACCCGAGACGUGUAAUGACACCACUGCUCUGAAUGACCUCGUCCGCUACCACUACAACUGCACCCUGGUGGACGGCACACCGCUGUUUUCCUCACACGACUAUGAGAACAUUCAAGAUGCAGUGCUGGGGGCGGACAAGGUGAUCGAUGGGCUGGACCAAGGCUUGCGAGGCAUGUGUGUAGGAGAGAGGAGGGUGCUAACGGUGCCGCCUCAUCUCGGCCACGGAGAAAAAGGAUCUACUGGUGUGCCCAGCAGUGCUGUGUUGGUGUUUGACAUUGAACUGGUGAGCUUUGAGAAGGGAGUUCCACCUGGUUACCUGUUUGUGUGGCUGGAGGACACUCCUGCAGAUCUGUUUCAAGCCCUGGAUGUCAACAAGAACGGAGAGGUGCCCCAGGAGGAGUUUGAGGAGUUUAUCAAGCUGCAGGUGGCAGACGGCAAAGGUCGUAUAAAGCCAGGACUGAUCGUGGAGCAGGUAAUUGCUGACAUGUUCCAAAACCAGGACCAAAAUAAAGAUGAAGUGAUAACAGCUGAGGAACUCAAACUGAAGGUGGAUGGGGACAAGGAACGGGAACGGGCAAGGCAUGAGGAGUUAUGAUGAGGACAGAUGUUUUCAUUCUCUCUCAGGGAUAAACACCAACA